AUGGCUACUUCCCACCCCAACGCUGAAAUCAUCGCUAUUAACAAUAUUCCCCUCUCCACCUCCUCCUCCUCCUACGGUGACCCGUGCCUUGAUCUCCUUUUCAACUCCCUCGUACUAUACGAGAGAGAUCCUAACCCCUGCCUCAUAUAUCUGAAGCAAUUGCUUCCCUUGGCUUGGUCCCAGAAUCCCCUUACAACCCUCAAGCUCAUCUUCAGCGUUGAAUCCAUCUGUUUUUCUUAUCAAAAAUUCGACACUGCCGUGCUUUGGCUCCUCCAGAACCACCCUAAGACUCUGUUACACAACCUCCACUCUAUUGCCGACUUGCCUGACUGUGGGAGUUUGUACGCCCUUGUCCAAAUUCUGUAUGUCCUUCUAGUUCAAGACGACAAAGACGUCCAUCUUCAUCCUGAGAGGUACAACCGUGACCCGUAUUAUAAGUUGUUACACGACGGCGUUAUAGAUAUUCUCGUGGAGCGGCUCAACUCUGAUAUUGACAAAAUGAAGCAGCACAAGCUGGAACUGGAGCCAUCUGAUUAUUCACCUUAUUAUCUUACGAGCCUAAUAGAUAAAUACCACCGCCCCCGCAAAAUCUCGGCUGCAGAGUGUUGCGUUUCCAAAACAUCGUGGCAUGACCACCGGGCCCGCACCAUUUUCCUGCGUGAAAGCAUUGCAGGGAGGCUUUUCCCGCCAGAAUCAGAUCAAUUAGAAGAGUGGGAACGGCUAAGGAAGGAUUUUUUGGUGCCCUUGACCAAUUACUACGAUCGUAAAGACAAAGUGCCCUAUGAAAAGCGCUACCAUCGUCAAGGCCGAGAUCCCUGUGAGGUUAAGAAGUAUUUAGAGGAGGUGAAAGCAGCCGCAGCAGCAGGAGGAGGCAUUGGCAUAAUAAAGCCGGAUGCUUUGCUUCCAAAUGAGAUCAUAGACUUUGUAUCUGAUGAGGACGUCGGGGUAGGGGCUGAGCUUCAGUGGAAGGCAAUGGUGGAUAUGUACCGAACACAGCAGCAGAAGCAGGGGGAGGGUUUUGGCAAAUUCAAAAACUGGUUGGUGGUCGGUUCUAUAAAGUUCGCUUUACCGGUGGGUCUCAAAAUUCUGAUGUCUGAACUGAGUGAAGAGCCAUGGAAAGGAAAGCUCAUUGGUGGAGAGGAUGAUCAGCCAGACUGGAGUGGAGAGGAUGAUCAGUCAGACUGGAUACAAGGCCAUCAUGAUCUUAAGUCCAAGUGCGAGUUGAUGUGGAAAUCCAAGUACUGUAGUGUUUUUCGGGCAAUUGAAUUGAUUUUGGAGCUGGCUGUCAAUGCGAAUUUGAAAGCAGAACAUAUGAUCAAGAAGGUGCUUGUGUUCAGUUGGGAAAACCCACAAGGUAGCCUACUAUUUGAGUAUGAAUAUGAGGCAAAACGGAGGCUGUUUGAGGAAAUUCGGAACAAGUAUAAGGAGAAAGGGUACGGGGAUGAAGUGGUGCCACACAUUCUGUUUUGGGAUGUUUAUGACUAUCGUAUCCCUGAUUCCUGGAUUUGUACACGACAUCCAGGCUUCACAACGUUGAGUGGCUUUUCGGACAGUUUGGUCAAGUCCUUCUUGGACAACGGCGGGGAAAUUGACCACCACCAUGUCAUGGAGGCAGUCAUCGCUCACAAAGAGUAUCAACCUCUCGUUGUAGUUGACUGA